AUCCUGCGGUCCGCUCUGAGUACAGUUUGGGAAUGAGCUGAGCUGCAUGCACAAUAACACCGCACAGAGAAUUGGAUACAUUUGCGCGCUGUCUGUCUCUCGCUUUAUCUGAAGCAAAGGCAUUCUGGCGAUGACAUCAUAAAAACACGUGGACCAAGGGUUCACUGUCAGAGUAUAUUGAUGGGACCUAUCUCGUGGUUUGGUUCUUUAUGGCGCUCAAACUAAACUUCUGAGAAAAGUUUUUUUUUUAACGCUGCUGCGUGUGUGCAGAGGGGAGAUAGAGAUGUCAUCUGGACAAGGAAUAUUGAACGUCUUCUCCUGCUCCACUCCAGCCUCCAAAGCAAUCCCCAAAAGGAAGUUGCGACAAACUCGGAGCCUGGACCCUGAUAUUAUAAGGAAAUGUGGCACAGAGACAGAUGGAACCCGUGGGGACCGCUUGGGUUUACCGGGUUUGCGCGUUGAGGAUGCAGGUGCGUUUUCAUCCUCGCCAAGCUCCCCUGAGCACCAGGUUGCGUUGAAAUCAGAUCCCCGGUCCAGACAUCUCAGGGUGAAACAACCCCCUUCGUCUUUAUCUGGUCCCUCCACACCCUUGGACAUCUCCCCGACAUCAAACUUUCCCUUUGACUAUGACGUGACUGUGAGGGGCACAAAGCGGAAUACCGCGUGGGAUUUACCGUUUCUGGUGAGGAGCCCCAGCGUCACUCCAACUGGGAGCACGAACACAUUAUUCUCACCGCGGAGAUGGCUUCAGAAGAAGCAGCAACAGUCCAGUUCUCACGCCUAUAUCGUUUGGAAGUCGGAGGGUGACUUCACCUGGAACAGCCUGUCAGGGCGGAGUGUACGACUGACGCCGACGGCCAUCCAGAGCCUGUCGGAGCUGGAACGGACCUGGCUACAGGAGGUAGCUUUCAACAGGCUCCAUCAAGACUAUGACCUGGGCUGUCAGAUCACCAUCCCCAAAGAUGGACAGAAAAGGAAGAAGUCGCUGAGGAGGAAGUUGGACUCUUUGGCGAAAGAGAAAAAUAAAGAUAAAGAAUGCAUCCCCCAGGCCUUCGGUAUGGCCCUGUCCCAGGUAAUCGCCAACGACCGGACCCACAGGCAGCGCCAGGACGGCCUGCGUCAGGACCCUCCUCACAGGGAGGAGCAUAAGGACCCGUCGGACCUGGUGUCGUCCAUCCUGCAGUUUGCCACCAAGAGGUCCACCAAUAAGGAGCUGUCCAGCAGUAACUCCUCCCUCAGCUCCACCUCAGAGACAGCUAACGAGUCCACGACGCCCAACACGCCCGAGGUUGCCCCGCGGGCGCGCAGGAGGGGGGGCAUGUCAGUGGACUCCAUCACAGACCUGGACAAUAACCAAUCCCGCCUUUUGGAGGCGCUGCAGCUCUCUCUGCCCGCUGAAGCGCCCAGCAAGAAGGAGAAGCACCGGGACAAGAGGCUGAGCCUCAACCCUAUCUACAGACAGGUGCCUCGCCUGGUGGACAGCUGCUGCCAGCACCUGGAGAAGUAUGGUCUUCAGACGGUGGGGAUAUUCCGAGUGGGGAGCUCCAAGAAGAGAGUGCGGCAGCUGAGGGAGGAGUUUGACCGGGGAGUGGACGUCCAGUUGGAUGAGGAGCACAGUGUCCACGACGUGGCCGCGCUGCUCAAGGAGUUCCUCAGAGACAUGCCUGACCCUCUCCUCACCAAGGAGCUCUACACUGCCUUCAUAAACACCAUGUUGCUGGACUGUGAGGAGCAGUGGAGCGCCACCCAGCUCCUGGUUUACCUGCUGCCAGCCUGUAACAGCGACACCCUGCACCGCCUCCUGCAGUUCCUCUCUACCGUGGCCAACCACGCCCACGACAGCCAGGACAAAGACGGACAGGAGGUGACGGGUAACAAGAUGACCUCUCUGAACCUGGCCACCAUCUUUGGUCCCAACCUCCUCCACAAGCAGAAGAGUUCAGACAAGGAGUUCAGUGUGCAGAGUUCUGCCCGCGCAGAGGAGAGCACUGCUGUUAUCGCUGUCCUCCAGAGGAUGAUCACAACCUUCCACUCCCUCUUCAUGGUGCCUCCCGACCUGCAGAAUGAGGUCCUAAUGACUUUACUGGAGACUGAUCCUGAUGUGGUAGACUAUCUGCUCAGGAGAAAAGCAUCACAGAGUCUGGACGUGUUGAGAUCGGAGGAUCCUUUCUCCCUGAGCGAGAGGCGCUCAUCCAGUGACUCCAACAAGGUCUCCAGUGGAGAGCUGUCCCCCUAUGACAACAACUCCCCCAUCCUGUCUGAGCACCCGGGGGAAGGGACCAGCCCAGGGUCAGAGAGGCUCUUUCAUGUCCCAGAACAGUACACCCUGGUGAGGCAGGUGGAAGGACGGACACGGAACCCCCAUGGGUCCAAUCCCUGGGUCUCAAAAGAGGAGCAUGCUAAUAUCUGGGGAGCUUGGCAUUCCACUCUGAAACCAGGGCUGAAGGACCAGCCUUAUGCAGGUUCCCAUAGCAACAUGUCAGAGGGCAGCUCACGCAGCUCCCAGGAAGGACUUGACUGUCUCCAAGGCGAUGCCAGGCAGGUGGUACGACGGACACAGACCUCGCUGGGCGUGGCUGAGUGCAGGCCCCACCCCCCUGUGACACGGGUCUGCAGCAGCCCUCACGGCGAGGCGGGACGGCCGCUCCUCCUGCUGAGCCUCAACCCUUUGACCCCACCCCAUCCGCAUGCCAACAGCCAAUCAGCAGCCAGCAGCGCAGAGGACCUCCCCCAGGGCAUUAGACACCAGGCUAUCCCCAGCCCUAACUCUGCCCACUUGGGUCCCUUCCUCUCAGGGCGUCCUCCCCCUCCCCCGUACAACAGCUCAUCCUCCAGGAACUCCCCUGCUGCCUCUAAACCAGCCCAGCCUGUCUCCCCCUCCCCCGCCGCACCCCUUCACCAGCACCCCCUGCAGGGUGGGAGGCCAACGGUGCCACAGAACUCAGCCUCCCCCACCACGGACAGCAUGGUACCCAUGAGCCAGGAGUGGCAGGACUGGCAGAGGGACAGAUGGCAGAUCUGGCAACUCCUGUCCUCGGAAAACGCAGACACACUCCCAGAGACACUGGUGUAAGCUGGACCAUCGGACCGUGGGGUAGUGUUAGCCAUCCCUUCCUCCAUCCCUCCCCUCCGUCCUUUCCCCCAAACAUGGACGCCAUGGGGUUGUUUACAUGUGCAGCUGCUGCCUAUACUACGGACUUGGUACGGAGUCACAAGUGUUUCCUGUUUGCUAUGUAUUGAUCCGCGAUUGAUGUUGUAUCCUGGGGACGCCUUUGCUUGUCAUUAAAUACUCCCUCUGAGCUGUUUGAGAGGAUCAAAACUAGCUGUCAGCAAGACAUACCUCAAACGUCAAGUUUAUCAAUUUGAUUCACAGUUAUUACUGCAUGUCCACAUUUCGAUAAAGCCCCAGUUUAAAUUGAACGGAAUGUAAUAUGUAGAGGUGACUUUUGAAGACGGGAAGGUUUAACAUUUAUGGCAACAAUUGAUAAGCUACAGUCAAUUUACCUGACCAAUCCUACCCUUAUAUAUUUACUGAAGUCAUCACAUAUAUUAGUGAUCGCUGCUAAAUAUUCAGAGAGUAUUUACUUGCUGAUAAUAUAUCCCGGUAAGUAUCGUACGAGUUUGUAUGAACAGAGUUUUAUUCAAUGUCAGUCACCAAGUAACAGAGCCCAGAGUACAGUUUUUGCAACAGUUUGUAUAUAAUCAUUCUAAUGCAUUUUAGGUUGAAACUUUUUUUUACAGGCUGUCUAAAUGUUUGUGUUGUGUGGUUUUAACACGGUUUAAAAAGAUAACGUCUGUCAGAGCUUUACUGAACAAAGUUGGGUUCUAAAAGAAAACUAUUAUUGCGAUCAGUACAGUAAUGUGCCACGUGCCAAAGUUCCUUUCCUCUCUCUUUUCAAUCAAAUGUUAUUCUGGGCGUCUAUAAAGUCUCAUCUGCUUUCUCUCAUUCCAUAGGUGACGUUGUUCUUUUAGCUUUUGGAUGUCACUUCACCAUGGUUGCUACAGCAUGGCUUAUCGUACACGGUCAAAUCAACAUGAUUCAUUCCAAUGAUCUCCCUCAUUCCAUUAGGUGGUUGAUGUCAAGGUUGUGGCUGCAUAGGAGUAUUUUUGGAAGCAGAUUAAAAGACAAGACAGGUUCAUUGCUGGCCUGACAGGUUCAUUGCUGGCCUGACAGGUUCAUUGCUGGCCUGACAAGUUCAUUGCUGGCCUGACAGGUUCAUUGCUGGCCUGACAGGUUCAUUGCUGGCCUGACAGGUUCAUUGCUGGCCUGACAGGUUCAUUGCUGGCCUGACAGGUUCAUUGCUGGCCUGACAGGUUCAUUGCUGGCCUGACAGGUUCAUUGCUGGCCUGACAGGUUCAUUGCUGGCCUGACAGGUUCAUUGCUGGCCUGACAGGUUCAUUGCUGGCCUGACAGGUUCAUUGCUGGCCUGACAGGUUCAUUGUUGGCCUGACAGGUUCAUUGCUGGCCUGACAGGUUCAUUGUUGGCCUGACAGGUUCAUUGCUGGCCUGACAGGUUCAUUGCUGGCCUGACAGGUUCAUUGCUGGCCUGACAGGUUCAUUGUUGGCCUGACAGGUUCAUUGCUGGCCUGACAGGUUCAUUGCUGGCCUGACAGGUUCAUUGCUGGCCUGACAGGUUCAUUGUUGGCCUGACAGGUUCAUUGCUGGCCUGACAGGUUCAUUGCUGGCCUGACAGGUUCAUUGCUGGCCUGACAGGUUCAUUGCUGGCCUGACAGGUUCAUUGUUGGCCUGACAGGUUCAUUGCUUUACCUCUCACUGCAUUUGUCUGAUUGAUAUGGGAUUUUAACUAGAUAUUUGCACUCUGGGAAUUGCCAAAGCUUUUUUAAUUCCUCCUUUUCAACAACAAAACAAGCACGUCUCUUGCUUUUGUCAUUACGUGCACUGUCUGCCACUAUAACUUACCUUUUUGCUCCCAAAUGCAUUAGUAGUCUCCAAUCAUUUCCCAGUUUUGUGGAUAUUUGCUGGCAAAUAUUGCACACUUUCCAAAUGGGGGUUUGGGUGGUUAUGUUUGUUUCAAUCCGUCCACAUGUCAGAGGAAUUUGAUGUGUGAUAGACAUUGGAAUUAUUUACAAGGAUUCACACAUUUCUACAUGUCUUUGCAGUGUCCCACAAAAUGACAGUACUUGUUUCAAAAAUCUUUACUUCUAUAAAAAACGCUUUCAACAGCUUGUGUUUCUAAGCCAUAGAUCCAUGCUCUUUGAAAAUGAUUUGAUACCCCACAUUGCUUUGUGGUUGUCAAUUUUCUUUUUGUUGUAGCAUGUCAUCCAAGAUUUAUUAUCUAUCAUGUCUGUUCAGUACUGUAACAUAUCAAAUAACAAUUUUUUACUCACCCAAAAAAAAUCUACAAACACAUGUAUAAGGCCCGAGUUUUGACCUCAUAUUUUGUAUUGUGUGUCGUCUUAAAUAUGCCAUGGUGGAAUUAAACGUGAAAGAAGGUGUUUUGUGUACUUGGUUGGUUAACAGCUUGUGCCCUGAUACACCUUUUACCAGUGGCGAUGUAACCUAAUGUAUAAUGUUUGACGGUGUAAUAACAGUGUAGAACCAAAAGGGGGGACCCUAGAUCUUUUUGCUUAGUCAUCUUGUCCACAGGUCAUUCGAAAGGUAUCUAAAUCCUCCACAUCAUCCUUUAUCAUCCAACGCUCUUUUAAAACAAUUUGGAUAUAGUCGGAUAUAAUUCUUCACCUUGAAAGAGGAAAAAUCAUAUGAAAAGAGAGAGGAGGCGAGAGGGCGGAACGAGAGAGUGUGGAAGGGAGGAGGUAAGAGUGAAGACCAAUAACCUCCAUGUUAGAAACCUGAGAUGAGAACGUUCCACGCAUGGCGGCUUUAAUUCCACCUGAGCUCAGGAGAAGUUCCUAAAUCUGUUUACGGCGUAGAACAGACCUGACAAUUCACUUCCAGGAGAUCAUUACCCACAGCUUAAUUGGUCAUGUCCUGCUAAUCCCGUGUGUAAAGUACAGCCAGAGAGAUAUGGGCAGAAGACACAAUGACUUUUUCCACCGACGUCAGAACAUCAUAGGAACAUGGUCGACUCUUUGAUGAUUUGACGAUUGAUUAAGCUAUUCAGUAGGUCAUUUCGUGCAAUUACUUGCAAACCAUCAACUAUAAGUAUUUUGAACAUUUGAAAAUGAAUCAAAUCUCCUAGCUCAAAAUAGUUCAAAGGGAUGUUAAGCCUUCUGUGGAAAAUUGCUUCCAUAAAACAAAAUCAUUCUGAUUUGUGCAAUCAGACUGUAUACUGAUCUGAAAACGGACUUCCUCGAAGAUUGCUGACAUUCAAUGGUGCAGUGUCCCAUGGACUGUUCAGAAUCCCCUCUGGUUUGGCAUCCAAUCCGGCAGCCAAAGCAUGUGAUUCAAGUAUUUCCUUUAAAGCCUGUGGUUCACCCAAUCGGAAUUCCAAUCACUGUGUAUCUGUAGACCACUGAAUAUUUCCCUCCUUUUUUCCCCAGAAGUCAGCGGUAGGUCUUUACCAUCCUUACUCAAUUUGGGCUCAAUUUCCCCUUAGCCUGGUGUAAGCACAGACACAAAGGAGAGAAAGGAUACAAGACACAAUGAAUCAAUUUACUUGACUAUUCAGAGGACCAUCUGAUUUUUUUCUCUCUCAAGUUAUCAAUGAGUACAUCUUACUGACAUCAACCACUUAACUAAGAGAGGGAUACAUUCUUCUAUUAGUUCCCAGUGGAUAUAUUAGUCUAUGGAAAGCAGUGAUCAUACUCUACAGGUAUGGAGCGGUGUAGCUAUUUGCCCUUGUCCACCUGACAUUAACCAUGUAUUGUAAUAGAUUGUCAGUGUUGCAGAAUAAUAUAAUAAUAACAUAUAAUAAUAUAUAUAAUAUAUAAUAAUAAUAAUAUAUGCCAUUUAGCAGACACUUUUAUCCAAAGCGACUUACAGUCAUGUGUGCAUACAUUCUACGUAUGGGUGGUCCCGGGGAUCGAACCCACUACCCUGGCGUUACAAGCGCCAUGCUCUACCAACUGAGCUACAGAAGGACCAGAACAAGCAGAUACAGUGGAGGCAGAUGAUCGCAUGCAGGCCACAGUAAUUCCCUCUGUCUCCGCGUUGGCUCUUGCAAAGUGGAACCAUGGGGACCAGAUGGUUCUGGAGCCAGACCCAAGGCUGACCUCAACCCUUAGCCCAGUGGAGGAGGAGUGGUUCUGUUCUGUCUCUGAGGUCCGCCUCCGCUCUGCUACCCUGCCCACGCAACGCUGUUUCAUG